UGACCGUGUGUGUCGAUCUUUUAUGUACAGAGGACAUACCUAUAUAUACUUUGGUUUACCUCUGUACCAAGUUCUGCCAAUGCCUGUAGAUACGCGUACAAGGCUACAGUAUAGUAAUAAGGUGUAUAAUCCGUUAAAAACUCUAACGAGACGAGUAUUGUUGCCUGUCUACGGUGCAUUUUUCAUCAGUCUCGAAUUCGAAAAAGUUAUGGAGAUAACAAGCAAAACAGUUGCCAUAAUUGGGUGCGGAGUGUCUGGCCUUGCGGCAGUUAAAUGUUGCCUGGACGAAGGCCUUCAACCAACUUGCAUUGAGAGGGCAGAUGACAUAGGCGGUCUCUGGUACUACCGCGACAACAGUGAACACCAGGCGAUGACCACGGUCUACAAAUCGACUAUCACCACAGGCAACAAAGAGGGCAUGUGCUACAGCGACUUCCCCUUUCCCAAGGAGUGGCCGAAUAGUCUGCGUCACAGCUAUGUAAAGAAGUACUGCGACAUGUAUGCCGACAAGUUUGGUCUCAAUGAGCACAUCCGCUUCUCUACCAGAGUGACUCGCUUGGCUCAGGCCCCAGAUUACGAGACUACUGGGCGAUGGGUUGUCACUACUCAACCAGAGGGAUCGGCUGGGUCCGAGGAGACAAGCCAGGAGUUUGAUGCUGUAAUGAUCUGCACUGGGAUGUUCAACAACCCCCACAUCCCAGACUUCCCAGGUCUUGAUGUGUUCCAGGGGAAGGUAAUACAUAGCCAGGCUUACCGGACGCCAGAUGAGUAUAAAGACAAACGAGUGGUGGUGGUUGGGAUUGGUAAUUCGGGAGGAGAUGCAGCUACGGAUGUCAGCCGUCUAGCAUCUCAGGUGUACUUGAGUUGCAGGCGUGGAGUUUGGCUUACCGGUCGAAGAGGGGAUAACGGCUACCCUUUCGACCUGGAAGUAAUUCGUCGAUACUACUGGAUCCCUUUAAAGUUAAAAAUGAUGCUCUUGAAGAAAUCAAUAGAGCGUCGAAACAAAUUUGCCAUGGCAUCACUGCAACCUUCCCACGAUCUCUUGGCUUGUGAGCCGCAGAUGAGUGAGCAGCUACCCGAUUGUAUCAUGAACGGGUCUGUCGUUAUCAGAGCAGGCCCAGCAAGGUUCAUCAAGACGGGUCUUGAGUUUGAAGAUGGCACCUUCGAGGAUGACAUUGAUGCUGUCAUCAUGGCGUCUGGGUACCGCUUCAAGAUUCCAUUUGAGGUGGACUGCCCUGCAUUGGAGAUGAAGGAUGGUUCAGUUCCCCUCUACAAGCUUGUCUUCCCUCUUGGGCUGAAACACAACACUCUCUCAUUUAGCGGGGCAAUGGAAGUUCUCGGUGCUGUCAUCCCAUGCGUGGAGCUGCAGGCUCGCUGGGCUGCGAGGGUCUUCAAAGGGUUGGCCAAGCUUCCAUCCCAGCUCGAGAUGCAGGCUGAGGUGACGAUGACUGAUGAGUUGAUGAAGAAGAGCUUUCUACCCCCUCAUCGACACGUUGGCGCUGUAGCUUACGGAGACAGUAUCGCUACUGAAAUUGGUGCCAGACCGAAUUUCCUGAAGCUGUUCUUCACUCAUCCUGUGCUGACUCUCCGGUGCCUGUUUGGCCCUCAUGUGCCGUAUGUGUAUCGCUUGACAGGUCCCGGAAAGACAGAGGAAGCCAAGAAGGCAAUCAACACAGUUUGGGAGCGUGUCCUGGCGCCGACAGUGACAAGACGCGUGGAAGUAAAACGUGAAUCUUCUCCGCUGGCCUUCCAAUUUCUUUGUCUGUCCAUAGUUGCGUCAGUAACUGCCAUAUUAUUUGUUCAGUUCUGGUGAAUAAAAUUACUGCCCUUGUAACGUAAGUGCCAGAAAAGGGUGUUUAUUGCCAACAUGCUCAAGUGUAAGAAUCAUUUGUCAUCGAGCAUAUUAUUACAUGUAAAUUGCAAAAGGAAUAUGUAAACAAGUUUGAUUAAAUGGCUUUAAUUUGGGCAAAUCGUAAUUUUUUCCUCUCUAUUAUUUGAUACAAUAUAUCACUUUUUGGGCUAUUAGACCUGUAACUUAUAUUGGUUAUUCUUAUUACUAAGACACUUUACCCAUUCCUUUUGGUCGUGUGCCGGUCUUAAACGGAUGAUAGACAUGACUGGCUGGUCUUAAACGCUUUUUCAGUGUCGCAUGAAAUUCGGACUAUCAAAUCCUGUGUCUUUUACCAUUUUUUAAUAUUGUUUGAACAUUCACAAUCCUCUCGUAGGCAUGCGCAAUAGUUUUUUUUCUUCAAUACUACCAGUUUUGACUUUUUGACUCAUCCAGAGUCCAACCCGGUGUUAAACAUAGUGAUUGAAAACCAGCCAAUCACACACAUAUUCCCUAAUUCGACGUAGAAAUCAUUCGCAGUAGUUUUCAAACGGACUCUAUGAAUGUUUUGUACAUGUAUGUGUUUACAUUAUUCAUAACAGUAAUUGAGUACCGUGUAAAGCAUGUAUUUUGCCUUUUUUGUUGUUGGACUGAUUGAUUCAAAUCCACUCUUUAAUAUGUUAUGCCUAUAUUACGCUAGCUUUUGUAUACUGUUGCUGCUUAUAAAAAAUAUUGUACAAUGUGAUAUGAGAUUAAGCUUUACAAGUACAUGUAUAUUGAUUUUCCUCACCCUACAAUAGACAUUCCAUUUUGUUCAGAUAUUCCGUUCUCUUGUACUAGAAGUUGAUCAUAACACCAUGCUUACACUCCAUAGGAUAUCUGAAUCGGCAGCAGAUCACGCUUCCGAAAUAACAUUUCUGCGGAAUACCAAAAAAUGGGGAAAAUAAAUAUUUCUAAAACUAGGAGAAGUGUAUCUUUCCACGAAUCUGCAGCUUAUUCCGUGAAUGGCACAUGUACUGUAGCUGAUAAUAUGUAGUUUAUCAAAAUCCGAUAUACAUGUACAUGUAAGAACAGAGGGCUGUUUUGGACAAAUUGAAACUCGUCCUAAAACUCCAGGGCUUGAUUUGUGCUGAAGAAAUUGAGAGGAUAACUGAAUUUGGAAAGAAAACAACACCCAUCAUUCCGACUAAUUAUUGCGCCGACAAUGAAUGUAUUUUAUGGAAACUAAUGCCAUGAUAUUCAAAGUUACAAUUUGGGAAUAUUUAACAUGUUUAAAGCAGUUACACAUGUACAAGUACAAUAAAACAGAAAAGGUUAACCCUAACUCCCUACAUGAUUUACUAGGAAGCAUACCCUUCCUGGCAAAUUCUAACACCAUACAUGACUUGUAUGGGAAACUGCACACACACAUAUUUCUGAGUUUGAUUCUGGAGGUGUGCCAGCCCAAUGUA